CUUUAUAUUCCAGAUAUAAAUAAUAAAUCGUGAAAAUAAACAGGUGUCCGUUGAUUUAGACACAUCACAACCGUGAACAGAUAAUAUUGUAUCUUUUGAUGAAAUAAUGUUAUUAUGUUACAAAUGCGUCUCACUACAUAACAUCUUAUUAUCUUUUUGUAACGAAGUGAAUCUGGAAGACAAUUUGAAGGAUGGACAAAAUUCCCCAAAAAAGGAAGGAAGACCCAACUAGAAAAUGGCGCUGUUUUGCUUUGUUCCUGCUGUUGUUUACUUUCUUUGUGAUUGCUGGAAUGGCAACUGUUGUAAUUUAUUAUGAGAUUAUUCAACAUCAAUCCAGGGACGAACAAAAUUCUCCUGAUUUCCUUCAUUUUCAAUCUGGACAACUUUCUCUUUUCCGUGAUCUCAAUACUGAUGAAGUUACUGCGAUUAGAAACUACUUAUUAAACCAUCCUGUAUUUAAUAUUAGUAAUGAUACAAACUUUUCUCUGGGCAGGAGCUAUGUUUUCCUUACCGAAGUUUAUCUUCCAAAUAAAUCAGAUAUUUUAACGUUCAAAGAGACAAGCCAAAAAAAUCCUCCGUGCAGAUAUGCUAGAACUGUGUUGUUCCGAGGUGAUCUUCGACCUCCACGGAUAGAGGAAUAUAUAAUUGGUCCUCUCAGAAAUAUUACAUUCCAUCGAAUUCUAGUUUCGAAACAUUACCAAAAAAGUGUUCCAUUUCUAUUUAGACCAUUCUCAGAGCUUGACCAUUCCGUAAUGAACAACAUUCUGAAAAUAGUUGAAUACAAUAUCAGAUUUAUACUACAAAACAGUUACGAAGCCAGUUUUUACGAUUGUCAACACCAUUGUCUUAAAGCAGAAUAUUUUUCCCCGAUGGCGCCAUCUGUUUCCGGCAAAGAUGUCAGAUUAGUUUGGUACUGGACUCACCAUGAUGUUGAGGAUUAUCUAUUGUAUCCAGUUGAUUUGUUUUUGUUAGUCAAUAUGACCGGAAGUGACAAUUCCGCUUAUAAAUUAGAAAAUAUUUGGUAUGGAGGUAAACUGUAUGACUCUCCAGAGCAGCUAGCCGCCGAGUAUUUAGCUGGAAAAACACAAAAAUCUUACAUUCCAUACACAGAGAGGACAAAAAACAAAAAUGAUAUGUAUGCUCAAAGACCAAAUAUUCACAAAACAAACGUAUUACAACCAUUUUUAACAUUUCACGUUAGAAACAAUCAUAUCGAAUAUGAUAGUUGGAAUUUUGAUAUACACAUGUCAACAAGUAGAGGACCAUCAUUGUUUAAUAUAAAGUUUCGGGAUGUAACAUAUGCUUACGAAGUAAGUCUUCAAGAAAUUUCUAUUUUUCAUAAUGGCUAUAAACGAUGGAUGAGAUAUUCUGACAUGACAUACAGUGGAUUUCUCCUAGGGACAAAAGCUCGGGAACUAGUCCCCGGAGCUGACUGUCCCGAAAUUUCUACCUUUGUAGACAGUGCACAUGUGUUCGCAGGAAGAUUGGAGCUAAAGGUUUUUCCUAAUUCGUUCUGUGUUUUCGAGCAACCAACAGGCAUGGUUUUGAGGAGGCAUUACUCGUCCAGUGCGUAUUCUGGAUCAGAGGAUACUAUUUUGGUUGUACGAACAAUCCUGGCAAUAUUCAAUUAUGACCACGUGAUCGACUUUGUUUUCCAUAAGAAUGGUAUAAUGGACGUCAGAACUUCGUAUUCGGGCUAUCCUCUUCCGACAAUAUAUAGCCCCGAGGAAACCCGAUAUGGAUUUAGAUUGAAUGAACAUCUAGUGGCCAAUAUUCACCAGCACUCUUACCAUUUCAAAGUGGACAUAGACGUUUUUGGUCAAACAAACCGUUUUGAAACCUUUGAUAUAGGACCAAAAAUUCAAAGCAGUGAUUGGGUUAUAAAAGCAUUUGAAAAAUAUGAACAGAUUAAGUUUACAAGAACCUUAAAAAUGACUGAAAACCAAGCACGUUUUAAAAGUUGUUCUAAAUCGGACAGCUUUUUCAUAUUUUAUAAUAGGGAACAUUUAACCCUGUAUAAGGAUCCAAAAGCUAUAAGGUUGCAAGUUAGAAGCCAGGAAACAAAUUUUGUAUCAGAGAAUAUUGGUAACGAAGCUUCUGUUUCUUGGAAACGAUAUAUGUUGGUAGUUUCCAAAAGACACGAAGAUGAGCGUAGCAGUAGUUCUAUUUACUCCACGUGGGAUGCUAAGGACACCAUUGUUAAUUUCCAAAAUUACAUUGACGACAAUGAAAGCAUUAUUGACCAGGAUCUGGUUGCUUGGGUAACCCUAAGUGCAACACAUAUACCGCACCGAGAAAACUAUCCACUAACAUCCACAACAGAUAAUAACCAGCAUUUCAGUCUAAUACCAUUCAAUCUAUUUGAAGAGAACCCCUCUUUAAAUUCUGUUGAAACUGUUACAAAAAGUGUGAAUAUAAAGAAACAGCAAUCCGGAGGAUGAGUUAUCAACAGAAAAAGAGCUAUUUAACCACAGUGCACCUAGUUCCAACCAGCUGUUAC